CCGUACCGGAAUUCUCACUCUUUUUAAAAAUUCAAAAUUAAUGCAUAAGUCAACAACUAGAUGGCGCCGCUGGUUACCUAUAAAUGGCUUAUUGGAAUUGAAAACUUUGUAAAAUUGUUUUUGUUUUAGCAAAAUCUAAUCAAUUGCCUGUUAGUUAAAUAGUACGACUAACUAAUAACUUAAAAAAUUGUAAGUAUCAAUUUAAUUAUCAAUUACAUUGAAAUUAGCGAUGUUUUCAUGAUUAGUACAAAAUUGCAAUUAUUUUAUGUGAUACAAUUGAUAUAAUAAUUUGUAUUGUUAAUAACCAUUACAAAUUCUAUUCUCUGAAGCUCUUUAUUACCCAAUGUAGCAUGCACAAAUGACAGCUGACUUUUCACAUAUUCCAAUAGGAAUUGUUUAUCACUUGUCAUACACGAGCUACUGUUAUCCAUUCGUGUUUAUAUCCGAAAAAAAUUUAAUAUGAAAGUUAAUAAAAUUUUACCCUUCGAUGACUCUCUUCUGGAUUGUACAAUUUCAAAUCGCCAGUUGGAGGAAAUCGCUGUAGAAAUUUCCAAACGUGGCAGUGUAACUGGUCUUAAUCAGGUAGUUUGGGCAUUAAAAGCAUUAACUUUAACGGACUCGACGACAUUGGGAGGCGAUGAUACGGCAGCGAACGUGCGAAGUCUUUGCCAGCGUGCAGCAUUUCCCAUACCAGAGCAUGUUUUGUUAGAACUUGGAGUUGAACCGGCACUCUUGCCGCAUAUACAUACUGCCGCAGUAUGUGUAUAUCCAGCUCGUGUCGCGGAUGCAGCAGCCAAAUUGAAGCAAUUAAAUAAAUACAAUGACAUACCAAUAGCUUCCGUGGCAACAGGUUUUCCAGCUGGGCAGUAUGGCUUGGACUCACGCUUAAACGAAAUUCAAUUUGCUAUUGAGUCAGGAGCCACCGAAAUUGACAUUGUAAUCAAUCGUCAAUUAGCACUGGUGGGUGAUUGGAGAGGUGUUUACAGUGAAGUGUGCGAAAUGAGAAAGGCUUGCGGCGAAAAAGCGCAUCUGAAAACUAUACUAGCUAUCGGUGAACUUGGAAACAUGGAUAAUGUUUAUAAGGCGUCCAUGGCCUGUAUGCUAGCUGGUGCUGAUUUUAUAAAAACAUCUACCGGUAAGGAAACUGUUAAUGCCACUCUACCAGCUGGCUUGGCUAUGAUAUAUGCUAUACAGGAAUUCGAACGGCGAAAAGGCAUUCUAGUUGGUCUAAAACCAGCCGGUGGUGUACGCACUGUACCUGAUGCAAUUGCAUGGUUAACUCUCAUAAAAGAAACCUUGGGUACACGUUGGUUGCAACCCAAUCUUUUCCGCUUUGGUGCAUCUGGCUUACUAGAUAAAAUAGUAGAAACUGUUAACGGGUAUAUCAACAAUCCGCAAAUUGGAAGUACUAAAAACGCCAACGCUGCCUCUUAUUGAAAAUAAUGCACAAUAUGUAUCUGGUUGAUUCCAACAUUCCUAUUAAUAAACAUUUUGAUAUUGAGCAAUUUUAUAUAGAAAUAAAAUUAUUAAAAAUAUAUAAAAUAAUAUAAAUUUAUAAAAAGUAA